AUGACUUACAGCAGUGUGACGAAUUACUUUCUAGUCAGUUUAUCGGUGGCAGAUUUGUUGGUUACCCUGGUAUGUAUGCCACUUGCAGCCUGGAGGGCCUACACUACGAUAUACAACUUUGGCCAAUAUACGUGUAAAAUAUCUGCCUAUUUUCAAUGUGUUGCUGUUGCCUCGAGCAUAUUCACCAUAACAGCCAUGGCCAUAGACCGAUAUCUCGCCAUAACACGUCCUUUCGGCAUGGUCUACAGAUGUUUCAAUAAAACAACGACAGUGAUUGUGAUAAUCGCUUUGUGGCUCACAUCCCUAGCACUCUUCUCGCCUAUUCUCUGGAUAUACAGAUUACAGGUUGACGUGUAUCCCACAAAUAAUGAGAACGUGACUGUUGCUGUUUGCAUAGAAGAUUGGACAAACUUAGUUAUUUCUCAGCAUUCCUUGGGAAUAGUUUGGUUUGUCUUCAUGUUCGCAGUGCCAGGUGUUAUAAUGCUCUUUGCCUACUCCAUGAUGGGCAGGACGUUGUGCGCCGUAGUGCCCCCUUUCGACAACAAUGAGUCCUCCUGCACGCAACAGUGGAAAGAAGAGGAAGCAAAAACCGCAAUAAAAAGUAAGAAACAAGCAUGGAAAAAAUAUAUUCAAACUAAAUUAGAAGAAGACAGACAGACAAGAAAGAAUAUCGAGAAAUACAACUUGACAUGCGAAAAGGGACACAUGGGAAAAAUUUGGAAAGGAAUUACAGAAAGAAUGCAAAACAAAUACUCGAUAUCUUUGAACUACAAUAAGAGGAAUGAAAAGGGGAAGAUGAAAAAGGAGAGAAGUCACAGCGACAAGAGAUAG